CUCCCAUCUCUUGCUCCUCUCGGAGGUGUCAUGCAUAUGUUCCAAGGUCAACAUCGACGGUCAGUCGUUGGCAACAGGGGUAUUAUCAACAAUGGCGCAAGUACCAUUCCCGGACAACGUGCCGACCGCGCCGCUAACAACCCUUCAUCUUCACAAACUCAUCGCAAAUGACUCUGCAGAGGUGCAGAGGCUAUAUGAUGCCAGCAGAUAUCUGGGCUUUUUCUACCUCGAUAUGCGCGGGUCACCUGAAGGUGAACGCCUCCUGGCCAGUGCCAGCCGAUUGUUCGAGCUUGAGCGCGAUAUGUUUGCUCUGCCAUUGGUGGAGAAGAACAAGUACAACUUUGCGAAGGAGGGAAAGUAUUACGGUUACAAGGCUAUGGGCGCCGAGGUCAUCGACGGUAAAGGGACGCUCGACAGGAACGAGAUUUACAACAUAGCCAAAGACGACAUCCUUAGCAUCAGCCAGCAAGCCUUGCCACAACCAGGGCUUAUUGCCUCGAACCACAAUCUGCUCCAAACUUACGUCCAACAAAACGACGCGGUACUGCAAGUCCUCUUCACCUCGUUAUCACGCGCCCUCAAUUUACCUAGCUCGAGCAUCCUUUCGGACCUCCACCGCCUUGAACAACCUUCGGGCUGUCAUACCCGGUUCAUCCGCGCACCUCCGCCGCCACAGGACGCAACACCAAACCCAGCUCUAGGAGAGCAUACGGACUUCGGCUCACUAACCAUUCUCUUCAACCAGAUCGGUGGUCUUCAAGUUCUUCUGCCGAAUACUUCGGACUGGGUCUACGUCAAACCCAUGCCAGGCUGCGCAAUCAUCAACCUUGGCGAUGCGAUGGUCAAGUUUACGGCUGGUCGGUUGCGGAGUAAUCUGCAUCGUGUGGUUACUCCCCCCGGCGCACAAAAGGACGAAGUUCGAUAUAGUCUCGUCUACUUCUGUCGACCGGGACAUGAUGUCAAGCUCGGCCGACUACAAGGUGGAGAUAUUGAUUUGCAGCCCCAAAACGACGAGAAAGACGUGCCUGAGAAGGCGAGUGAGUGGUUGAGGAGACGACACCUUGGCAGGAAAAUUGAAUAUUUCCAGGGGAAGGAGAGUUGGGAGAAUGCGAUGGGGACUGAGGCGAGGCUGUAGUGGGCAUAUUGAGCCCGGCAGGUGGUCGCUGCUAGCGGCGAAUUGGGGAUCUUCAGCUCUGUCUGAGUCAACCGGAUGGUACUCAGAAAGCGUUGUCGUGGACAAGGCUGAGGCGUUGAAGCCAGACCUUGUUCAUUGUUAUGCGGCUAGCCAUUUCAAGAUCUGCGAGG